GCAGAUGCUGAGGGACCUACGGAAUCCACCUCAGUACAGUUGGGGGAGCGCUUGCCUUGCAUGGCUGUACAGAGAGUUAUGCAGGGCAACCGACAGAGGUGCUAGUCAGAUUGGUGGGGCCUUGUUGCUAGUUCAGUAUUGGGCAUGGGUCAGAUUCCCUUUUUUGUGCCCAAGGAUGGACCUCCCACCAGAUGGUGCAUAUGGCCCACCAUUUGCACCUUCUCCAUUGUCUAUUAAGACUGUGUGGGUUGUGAACACCUUGAAUAGCCCCGCCGAAAUCUGUCUGGUCCGGUACCGUCAGCUUUUAGAUUGUAUGCAUCCAAAGCAGGUGGUGUGGCAACCAUAUGAAGCUGAAUUAGCUCACCUGCCUGCGUUUUGUGUCGCCGGAAGGGAUGUAUGGACGGCGAGGGUACCGCUUGUAUGUUUCUGGCUAGUAGAGAAACAUACACCGGACCGUGUUGUUCGUCAGUUCGGGAUGGUACAAGAACCCCCACCCCCCAUAUGUUGAUACUGACGAAGCCCUUCAUGCCAUAGACUUGAGGGGGAAGAUGGAGGUGAAUUGGAGGGACAGACAUUAUGGCCAUAUCCGAGUAUGGAAUACUCGAGCACGAUCUCUAUGUCCUGGAGCACGACUAGAGGGUGAUAUGUCGUCUGCUCAUCCAUACUUCGAUUGGUACGAUAGGGUGACUUGGAGGUUCGUCGACCACACUUCGGCUUCACUUAUUAUUAUGGUUGCCAGUCACAAGAAGUUGUUGAAACUUUAUACAGUAGGCAGUCCUGAGUACAACCAUAUUUCAGCUAUACUUAAGACAGUGGAACGCCUUCACCGUAUAACUGCUCGACUUCCGUUGGAAGAUAUCGAUGGGGCAAAUCCAGAAGCGCCAGAAGAUACUGGACGACCAAGCACGAGCUCAACUCGUGCCAGCCAUAGCCAUGGUCAGCGUGCUGCAUCCCAUCAGGUUGUCAGUAGGGCAGAUCUCCCUCCACCCCCAUGUGCAUCUCCUGCCCCAGAGUUCCCUCCACCUCCACAUGCAUCUCCUUCCCCAGAGAUCCCUCCACAUACUGCUCAUGCAGUUUCUGACCUAGAUAUCUCUCUACCCACUACUCAUGCAUCUUUUCACCCCGAGAUCCCUUCACACACCUCACAUACAUUUUUUGAUCCUGCUCAUCUUUCAUUUACUCCACCAUCCUUUGAUCUCGGCCCUGAUUUCAAUCAAACCCCUCCUGUCAUGCACACGCAAUCCCCAUCGUACAACAUUGGUCAUAUAGACCAUGUACCGCCCCAUAGUCACUCCAUGUCAUUCAUGCCCACUCCUAGACUGCAUAUAGAUCCCAUGAGUACGGGCACUCACAUUUCAUUUGCUACACCAUCCUCCCCCGCAGUUGUUGGGAGUCAAGCAAAACAACCAGCUGUGCAUGUUGAGAAUGAGCAGGUUGUUGGGUUACAGUCACCCCCACAAGGUCGACCUAAACGUACAAUGAAAGCACCUCCUUGUGGGACAAGUGGUCACAAAGCAGGACACAACGCUGGCCCCACGGUUGGACCUGAAAAUGCUUCACAGGUUAUUUUGUCCAGUCCCGUACUGAAUGAAGGGGAGCUUGAGUCCUUGCUAAAUGAUCCCUCUUUGAAACCUCAAGUUUUGCCAACAUUUUUUGAUAUUCGUAAAGGAGUUGAUGGUUCCUUGGAAAAGACACUAAAUAUAUAUAGUGAAGCUGCUGAUGAAGCUGUUCGAAAUGGUUCCCAACUGCUUGUUCUGUCAGACCGUUCUGAUGUGCUGGAACCAACUCGUCUGGCAGUUCCAAUACUUCUGGCUGUUGGUGCGGUUCAUCAGCAUCUUAUUCAGAAUGGAUUGCGAAUGUCAGCUUCUAUUGUUGCAGAGACUGCACAAUGCUUCAGCACUCAUCAGUUUGCCUGUUUGGUUGGAUUUGGUGCAAGUGCCAUAUGUCCAUACUUGGCAUUAGAAACAUGCCGACAGUGGCGUCUGAGUAAUAAAACCGUAAAUUUGAUGAGGAAUGGAAAGAUGCCUACUGUAACAAUUGAGCAGGCUCAAAAGAACUUUUGCAAGGCUGUUAAAUCCGGUCUUCUCAAAAUUCUUUCCAAAAUGGGAAUCUCAUUGCUUUCUAGUUAUUGUGGUGCACAGAUAUUUGAGAUUUAUGGAUUAGGGAAGGAGAUUGUUGAUCUUUCAUUUUGUGGAAGUGUCUCAAAAAUUGGUGGAUUAACUUUUGAUGAGGUUAGCAAAACUUAAAUGAAGCCCUUGGUCUUGU